AUGUAUUGCGAGAAAGAAGAUAGUGAAAAUGUAAAGUAUGAAAAAUGGAAAGCUGAACAGGAGGCCAUGGAACGAGAAAGAAUAUUAGAACAAAAUGAACAAAUUUAUGAUAAUUUAUUAAGAGCAAUUAAAUACAGUGAUAAUCCAGAAGAAUAUUCUCUUAAUAAUUUAAAUUAUCAACGCCUACGGAAUGGUCGAACACGAGAAAAAUUAGAAAUUGCUCAAAGAGAACGAUGUCAAGUUGGAGAAAGAAAUCAGAAAUAUAUUGAAAUAUUUGAAGAGUCAAAUGGUAGCACGAGUAAAACUAGAAAUAUUCAGGCUGAGGUGUUUAAACAUAAAGGAGUCAAGGUUCACUUUAAAAAUUUUGAAGAUGAGAAUAAACGUGAAGAAGAUAUUCAAAACCUAAUUGAGGAGAAUAACGAAGAAAUUGUUGAAAUCAUUAAAUCAUGUGAAAAUUGUCAAAAAGUAUACAUGUCAAAGGACCUGGACCAAAUAAAUAAAAAAAUUGAUAUGGAUGAGAUUGAAAAUUUACGAAAAAAAUUAAGAAAUAUAGAAGAAAAAUUAAGGAAAACGGAGAGAGAUAAUGACUCGAAAGAGGUUCAAUCAAUAAAAGAUGAAAUAAAUAAGAUAGAAAAAACAUUACUUAAUAGUAUUGGCGAAAGGAUAGCUGAAUUACUGAAAAGAAUUUCAGAUUGUAAAAUUAUGUAA